AUCCCAGCAAACAAUAGACGUCUUUUAGACCGUCUAAAAUUGGUCUAAUUUGUAUCUAUUGCCGAUACGUAUAUUUUAGACGUAUAUUAGAGAUCGAAAAGACGUCUGAUUCUAGAGAUACUAUUUUUGCUCUGUUUUAGAUGCAUACUGGAUGCAUAAAAUAGAUCGUGCAUAGAUAAUUUUUUUUUCAUCUAAACUUAGAUGUCUAUAAGAUGUCUUUUAUAGAUUUGUUAUAAAAACAAGAAAAAAAUUUUAGCUAAUUUUACGGAGCGAUAAUUAUAAAUGACCGCCAUUUAAAAACCCUGCGGAAACUUAUUUCGAAAAAAGCAUGAAGAUUUUAACCUAUGGAAGACAUCAAUGAUUAUUUCUUUUGAUAAAUUUUAAAUAAUAAAAUAACAUGCUAUUAGAGUUCACAAAAUAUUUCGAUGCUUAGCAUGUUUGCUAAAAUCCUUGAAAAAAUGAAAAUUGAUUGAAAGCAUGCUGAAAUUGUUUAAAUUCAGAAAUUGAAAGAGUACAAAAUUGGUUGAAAGAUUAAAUUAAGUAACAGGUAUGGUUGAGGGAUUAUUUAUAGUUCUAAUUAUAAUUAUUUCUUUUGAAUAGAGUUGUUAUCAGAUUCAAAGAUUGAAGAAGAUAAUUUUUCUUCACAUUUUAUUGAUGAACAGAAUAAAACUAAGCAAAGUUCACAUUGUCAAAGAGUUUCAAGUUUUAAUAUGAUUAUUUUUGGUUUUUACACCACUGAAUGUGAAUGUGGAGAGAUGCAAAAUGUUAUUCUCAAGGAGCUUGCAGAAAUAAAAGUUCUUUUAAAAGAAGUUAUAGAAAUUAAGUUUCAGGCUACUGGGGUGAAGUUGCUAGAAUCAGUAGACGAAGUGGUUACACUGGAUAAUAAACUAAAAGAUAAAACCGAGUAUACUAAUUUGCUUUAUAGUUUGAAAAAGAUUGGUGGUGGAAAGCCAAGAGAACAUGUUUUUUUGAUCAUGAAAAGGUUAUUUUCGAAUCAGUUACAGUCCGAAUUUAAUCGAAAAGGAAAUGGGGAAAAGAUAAGCUUAGAAAAUCUAGUAAAUAUAUUGAGUGUUUUACGAGAUAUCGGCGACGUGGAAGAAAAUGUUGACGGCAAUGCAGAAAUAUAGUUUCUUAUGUAUAUUUUUGUGAAAUAAAAAUUAAGUAAUUUUA